UCACGCAGACCCCACUCCCGAACACACUUCCACCUCCCCCACUGCUGUUCACUCAACCACCAUGCCCAACGGACAUUACUAUCCCGACUCGUCCUCGGACUAUCGGGACCAAGAACGGCAUACGCCCCAUUCCCCACCCACAUUCUCAGCAGGCAUAGGCCGUCCAGCAGUAUCGCCCGGUCUUGCCGCAGUCGCUGCAUUCUCUCAAUCUAGACUCGCCAAUACAACGACACUGACUGCUGCUUCGAGCUCGGGACCAGGACCAGUACCACUUUCGCCUGCUCGUGCGACGAAUGCAAACGGCAGAGCGUCAAGCGAGCAUCAAGAGCUCAUCCCGGACCGUCUGCUACUGUCUCCGAACGGCCCCCAGCCCGCGGAACAACCUAGACCAUCGUCCAGGCGCGCGUUGACGAGGGCGUUGGAGCUCGCGAGGGAAGCUGUAAGGUUAGACUCGACGAACGACGAUCCGUACGGGGCGGUCAUUGCGUAUGGGAAGAGCGUGGCACUGUUGAGCAAUGUUAUGGAGAGGGUGAUGAGGGGUGAGGAUAGUACGGAGGGGAGGAGAAGAGGAGGUAGGAGGAGGAGCGUGGUCGCGCAGGAGGAGGAAGUGAAGAGGUUGAAGGCUAUUCACGAUACCUAUGCCGAUCGUAUGAAUAUCCUCAGUCUUAUUUAUAAUAUCCCUCAUAUACCACACUCCCCUGGCGCCCUCGCGGCGUCCAUCUCUGCAUCUGCGGAUUCUACGCGGCCCUCAUCACCCAACUCUAGCUCUCCUGGCUCCGAUUCGGAUACAUAUAGGGGUAGGUCAUCGUCUGUGGCGACGACGAGCUCCGAUGGUCGGACGACAACGAUAUUCACGGAUUAUUCUGGUACGACACUGGCGGAUGGCCUAUACCCUGACGAACCUGAGUCGGAUUCCGAGAAAGCUACAUCUUCAUCUCAUCAUCCAUACGCAGCCCCGGAGGCUAUGGAGCAACGGGUUUCUCCACCCUCAACAGCGACAACGAAUGGCACUGUCGCUCAUGUCCAACGGGAUCGAACUAGCUCACAACCUCCAGUUCGACCUUAUCCGGCUCCGGCCGCACCUCACCGUCCUCGAGCGGUCUCCGCUCUUCCACCCGCACCGCCACCGCCACGAGACUCUUUACCUCCCGCUCCGGAUCAGGAACGUCUGAACGUCGCAUCACGACCCCGAGGAAACUCGGCAAGUCAUUCACGGACGGGGUCGAAUGGUUCGGGCCGGUUAGCGUCGUUACAGGAGGAGAGUGAGCGGUACGAUGACCAGCCAUUGCAAUCGCAGCAGCAACAUCACUUUGAGGUCGAAGAGGACCUGCGGAGGUCUAGGGGCAGAUCGCAAAUAGUGUCUACGCCCAGAGAGUCAAAACGAGAGUCACAUCCGCUACCGCCUUUACCUUCGAACUCAUCAGACGCCUCGGGGUCAGUAGAGUCGCCGCGGACGCCACGUACCUUGACGAACGACGAGGUGCCAAAUACCGCGAUUGGUUCACCUCGACAUGUUACUCCUCGGCCAAGAGGCAGUUCCACGGUUGGCACCACGAAGUCUGAGAUCACCGUCCCGAAUACACUGAUCAAUCCCUCAACGACGAUGGGGACUAUUUCGCAGAGGAGGUCGAAAGUAUCUGCGCCUCCACCUUCGUCGAUGUCAGCUUUUGCGAGCACUGCAGGCAUGUCUGGGCUUCCAGAGUCAGCACCACCACCGUCUGCGAUGAGACAGACGUUGUCUGGUAUGCCACCCAGCUCUUCGUCUUCUCUCGGCUACACGCGUAGUCGGUCGUCGUCACAACCAGGACACCGACCAAAUUUGGCCGGUCUACCUUCUGCUUCGUACGACGGGCUACCGACCGGUAGACCCUCGUCUUCGAUGGUGCCGAUGAUGCCUAUGGUACCAAGGAAAACCUCGAUGUCUUCGAGGGCGAGCACGAACCAAGUCCCACAUAUCACCGUCGUCACCGGUCUCGUCUCUCCACCCCUCGGAACGCCAAUCACGCAUCUGGUACCACCGCCUCCUAUGAUGGGCACCAACCUCCCGACGACGCCAACCUCACCCCUCCCACCCGCACCUCCACCGGACCCAAUCCGCAAACCGUACCACAUGAUGUCGCUCAUCCGCCAAACCAUGACGUCCAAAACCGGAGGGUACAUCACCCGCCGACUGCACGUCCCGCAGGAGGUCUGGUCCCAGGGCGGGGCAAAGCUGCAGAACCUGCCGGAAAAGGUGCGGGUGGUGGAGGUGCUGUGCUCUGCGCUAGAGGAGCUGCAGAAUACGAGCGUGGAGAUCUUUGGUGCGGGGAACGUGAGCUCGGGGAUGGCGAUGGGGAUUGGGAGCGUGGGGAGGAAGGAGGGAGAGGUGUGGGCGGGGAAGUUGGAGGAGUUUGGGGCGGUGUGCGAUGGGGUUGUGCAGAAUUUUGGGAAGAAGUUGGGGGUGGGGGAGGGGUUUGUGGUUAAGAAGACUAGUGGGGUGACUUCAUGGGGAGGAAAACUUACCCGGCAGUUUGACAAGUUCACGUCGAAUGGGAAGAACCUUGAUUCGCCCGCGUCCUACGUCCAGGGUCUCACCCGACUAUUCCAUCAGGUCCAAUUGCUCGACGAGCAUCACAAAGCAAUCCUCAUGCAGCCCGUUGCGUCCUCGUACGCUGGACUACAAAAGGAGACUCGCAUGGUGACAGAGCAGAGGCUGAGGCACGCGUCAGAGUUCUUCGCGUCUGUGGUCUUGACGUUCGUCAUUCGGGACCUGGCGCAGUUGUUGGAUAAGUAUGUAAAGAAGUGCGAGAAGUGGCUGGCGGAGUGAGGUGUGAAUUUUUGCCUUUCUUUGUAGUUACAUGGGGACUUUUGCCACUCCUGUCGCCACUUCGGAACGGAUGGAUUCUUUCGCCCGCUCGGUCGGUCGGUCAACUUCGGAUUCUCUUCAAUGUACUACUUUAUGCUCCUGGACUGGAUGCCGUUCCACAUUUGUGUUCUCGUCGCACACUAUCCUCAAGAUGCCGGUUCUGCCUCCUUGUAUAUCCUUAUCACCUCUUCGCUUCGCCUCCGAACCUUUAUUUACGCUUUCUUCACCUUCUCUGUUGAAGCAGUCUACCCAAGUACAGCAGCGCACCAUAUCUCCUGGAGACCUCUCUACUCCUCUGUCGAAUAUUCUCCUUCCCUCUCUCUCCCUUCUCGGAUGGGAUUCUGUCACUGUUUGUCGAUCAAUGCCUUCCUCCUAUUUUCCUUCUCUCUUCCUUCCAAUUGUUCUUUUAAAGUUUUUUUUUUCUUCCUUGUCACUUCGAGUUCCAAAUCAUAUACAAUUCUGUUCUGUUCACUGCCGGUGCACUCUCAAUCAUCAAUCUCAGCGUGGAUUCGUUCUUCAUUCUUUCUUUCCCGUCCGUUCUUCCUUUCAUUCUCCCUUUUUCGACUUCCCCUUUGUUCCUCCUUGUUUGUGUGACUUUGUCCCUGUGUCUCCCUGUUUGUUUCGUUCUGUCACACCUCCGGAAUUGAUUCUGACGUGGCUCCC